AUGACUCGUUGGACCCUAAACUACGGCACGCUCCGCGGCAGUGGUCGUUAUCUUGUUUUCUAUAACACCACCCACAUGGUUGUAGAGCUUUGUGCUCCUGUGAUCUCUGAAGUCCUUUGCAAUUGUUGGCUCGCUUCGACCGGUUUAUAUUGCAAUACUUGUUAUUUAUUUCCUUCCCUUUGGAAAAACCGUUACAGCCCGCUAAGUGCACACGCACAGGCCAAUAGUGAUCCCGCAAGCGCAACCAUCACGCCACAUCACUCGCAACGCCAUGAUUUACAUCCAGGUGUCCAAGAGAUGAAGGUUAAGAUUCAAAUAUCCAACUGUGCGCUUAGCACAGACGGGGCUUGA